UGAAGUGAAAGGGGAGGUGAGGGUGAAGUGAAAGGGAACAGGGAGAGGGUUAAAUACAGGGGAGCGAGGUGAGGGUGAAGUGAAAGGGAACAGGGAGAGGGUUAAAUACAGGGGAGCGAGGUGAGGGUGAAGUGAAAGGGAACAGGGAGAGGGUUAAAUACAGGGGAGCGAGGUGAGGGUGAAGUGAAAGGGAACAGGGAGAGGGUUAAAUACAGGGGAGCGAGGUGAGGGUGAAGUGAAAGGGAACAGGGAGAGGGUUAAAUACAGGGGAGCGAGGUGAGGGUGAAGUGAAAGGGAACAGGGAGAGGGUUAAAAAAGGGGAUUAGGGAGAGAUUACACAGAGAGUGACAGGGCGGUUUAAAAAAGGAGACUAGUUCAACCGUUAAGUAGAGAUCAAGGAGAGGGUUAAAUACAGGGGAGCGAGGUGAGGGUGAAGUGAAAGGGAACAGGGAGAGCGUUAAAUACAGGGGAGCGAGGUGAGGGUGAAGUGAAAGGGAACAGGGAGAGGGUUAAAUACAGGGGAGCGAGGUGAGGGUGAAGUGAAAGGGAACAGGGAGAGCGUUAAAUACAGGGGAGCGAGGUGAGGGUGAAGUGAAAGGGAACAGGGAGAGGGUUAAAUACAGGGGAGCGAGGUGAGGGUGAAGUGAAAGGGAACAGGGAGAGGGUUAAAUACAGGGGAGCGAGGUGAGGGUGAAGUGAAAGGGAACAGGGAGAGGGUUAAAUACAGGGGAGCGAGGUGAGGGUGAAGUGAAAGGGAACAGGGAGAGGGUUAAAAAAGGGGAUUAGGGAGAGAUUACACAGAGAGUAACAGGGCGGUUUAAAAAAGGAGACUAGUUCAACCGUUAAGUAGAGAUCAAGGAGAGGGUUAAAUACAGAGUGACAACAAGAGGACUAAAUAAAGAAUAAUAGGGAAAGGCCUUAAUAGAGGGAACCAGGGUGAGGGUUAAUUACAUAGGUACAAAGAAAGGAUUAAAUUCAGGGAACCAGGGACAGGAUUAAAUACAGAGGAACAUAAAGAUGAUUUAAUAAAGGCGAGAGGACUAAAUAGACAGUAAUAAGGAGACAUUUAAAUAUAGUGGAAGAGUUAAAUAUAGUGAGAUUGUUCAAUACAGGGGAACAGGAAGAGAUUUGAAUAGAAAGGAACAGGGAGAAGAUUAAAUAGAGAGGAACAAAGAGAGGAUUAAGCAUAGAAGAACUGGGAAAGGAUUAAAUUUAGGGUAACAAUGAAAAGAUUAAAUACAGGGGAACAGGGAGAAGGAUAAAUACAGUGGAAUAGGAAAAGUAUUAAAUACAGGGAACAGUUUAAGUACAGGCGGAAGCGAGAGGGUUAACUAGAAAGUAAUAGGGAGAGGGUUAAAGACAGGGGAAUCAAGGAGAAGAUUCAAUACAGCGGAAUAGGGAAAGUGGUUAAUACAGGGGACCUGGGACAAAAUUAAAGACAGUUGGACAGGGAUUGUGUUACAUACAAGGGAACAAGGAGAGGAUUAACAACAGGGGAAAGUAAGAGGGUUAACUCCAGAGUAACCAGGAAACAGGUAACCACAGGGCAAUAGGGAAAGGUUUCCAUACAAGGGAAGAGGGUGAGGGGUGAAUUUAGGGGAACAGAUUGAGGGCUAAAUCCUGGGGCAAGGGGUAAAGACAGGGAGUUGGUAAAAUAUAGAGUAAUAGGGAGAGGAUUAAUUACAGAGAAAAAGGGUGAGGGAUUAAUAGGGAGAGGCAUAAAUAGAGUAGUGGGAAGAGAGUUGAAUACUGUGUAACAAGGAAAGGAUUAAACACGCGUGUAAGGAAGCGGGUUAAAUACAGAGUAAUAGGUUUAGUGCAGAUUAUAGGAAGCAGAUUAAUAGUAACUGGGAGAGGAUUAACUAGAGAGUAAUAGGGAGAUGGUUGAAUACAAAUAGGGGGGAAUGGGAAAAGUUUAAACAGAUGGUAACAGUGAGUGGGUUAAAUGGACCGUCAUAGAUGCAGGGUUACUUAAGAGAGUAACAGGGAUAGGAUUAAACACAGGGCAGUAGUAAAUUGAAUAUAGCUUGAGCAUUAAAUACAGAGUAAUAGGGAGAGGAUUUAAUAUAGAAAGAGGGUUAAAUCAGGUUAAACAAGGAUUAAAUACAGCUUAGAUAGGAUAAAUGCAGAGAAAGGAUUAAAUACAGAGGAAGAGACAGAGUAUCAAGUACAGACGGGGGAGUCUACCGAAUACAAAGGAUUGAAAACAGGAUUAAAUAUAGAGAGUGGAUAUCUCGGGAAAUAAAUAUAAGGUUAAAUACAGAAAAAGUGGGGCUUGUGUGUGUGAGAGAGAGGGGUUUUAAAAAAAUUGACGGGGAGAGGGUAUUUAGCAUAGCCUGGCAGAGAGGAAUAAGUAAGCUGGGGGGGGUGUGCACAGAGAGUGUAUGAAACACUGCUAGGCAGAGAGAUGAUUAGCUACGAGGCUGGCUGACUGAUUUGUCAGUGAUCUCCGUCCAAUCAGCUGCUGCGAUGCCCUUUCAAUGUCUGCCCAUUCACUCUUGGCCCAGGACUGCCAAGACAGCGGAUGUACAAGUUUCGUUUCCACAAGUCUGAUAUAAAGGAGAGUGUGACUCUGCUCAGGCGGUUCGCUGACUGGAGAGAGUGUAUGUGCGUGUGAGAGACAGACAGACUGACAGAGAGGGAUAGAGGAAACGGGGCCCCUGUCACAAGCAGCACUUGACAUUACCACGUGCAGUGCAGGGCGAGUAAAACUGGACGCAGUGCUCCGUAAGAGGCUUCACCGACAACCUGUACAACCUCAACAUGACGUCCCAACUCCUGCUCUGUCCUGGUUUCGAGAGAGGGAGGAAAUCGGGCAGGGCAGCUGCUCCCAAUCACUGCACAGCGACACUUGGUUCGGCAGAGACUGGGGAACUUGAAGCAACCAGGAUAUCAAAAGGGAAUUUCCGUUGGUCAGGACAAUGGAACCCCUGAGGGAGAGGAUCAAACGGCUCUUAACGUUUGCCACGGGACUGUUUGAGUGCAUUGGCUUCGCAGGCGUGAUCUUUGGCUGGGCAUCGCUCGUCUUUGUGCUGAAGAAGGAGAACUAUUUCGCCAACCUCUGCUACCCUCCGCACAAUGUCAGCUACCAUGGAGCUGAAAACGGAACCAUGCAUUGUGAUCCCCAGGAUGAACGCUUCACCCUCAUCUUCACUCUGGGAUCCUUCAUGAACAAUUUUGUGACGCUGCCAUGCGGCUUCUUGUUCGACCACUUCGGUACCAUGGCAACCCGCUUCCUUGGCAUAUUCCUAUACACCACAGGCACCCUGAUGAUUGCCUUCUCGCAUGCCGAUAUUGCAGUGCUACUGUUUCCUGCUCUCUGUCUGCUUGCAGUUGGCGGAAUCCUGUUCCUUAUGACAAAUAUACAGGUUGGAAAUUUAUUCGGCAGGCGACGAUCUACAGUGAUCACUCUGUACAAUGGAGCAUUUGACUCCUCGUCAGCCGUGUUCCUGGUGGUCAAGGUUGUGUACGAGGCUGGUUUGUCCUUAAAGAACAUAUUCCUGUUUAUCAGCUGUCUCAGCUCCAUCCACAUCACACGGACCUAUCUGCUCCUCCCACGGUCACACAUUCCUUACCCUCUGCCAGAUGGCUACACCUAUGGGACGCAAUGUGACAGGCCUGACAUAUUUACAUCCCAACAAGGGGUGGAAGUUCAGAGGCAGGCCAAACCUCUAAAAGGAGAAGGAACUGAGGGAGAGCAGGGUGAGCAGAGAGAAAAGACGGAAGAAAAAAAGGCUGAGGGGCAGGAGGUGCUCCAGGCCACUGAGGGUGCAAGUCUCCUGCACGACAGCUCAAAAGGUCCAGAGGCGAACGAGGAGGCCAUCCCAUCCUUCAGGAGCUGUGUCUUCUCCAAGCUGUUCCUCACCCACCUGCUCUGGCUGUCAGUCCUGCAGCUCCGACAUUACCUGUUCAUCGGCACCCUCAACCCCAUGCUCAAUCUGCUCGCCAAUGGUGACUCCAGUCUAGUCAGCACAUAUACAAAUGCCUUCGCCUUCACACAGUUUUUUGGUGUUUUCUGUGCCCCCUGGAAUGGACUGCUCAUGGACCGGCACAAACGGAAAGCCAAGCCAGCUGAAAGUGCUGUCUCAGGUUUUGCUGCCCUGCAGCAACUGGCCGACAUGAAGUCGGCAGUGCUGUCCCUCACUAUCACGGUUACACAGUGCGUUCUGUUCUCUCUCUGCGCUGCCAUUCCCAUACUGCCUGUGCAGUAUCUGACCUUCAUCCUGCAAGUGAUCAACCGCUCUUUCCUGUAUGGGGGCAACGCUGCCUUUGUUGCCAUCGGGUUCCCUCCCUGCCACUUUGGGAAGGUCUUUGGUACAUUGAUGGCCGUCUCUGCAGUCAUUUCUCUGUUCCAGUAUCCCUGCUUUGCCCUGGUCAAGGGACCCUUGCAAGACGACCCGAUGUAUGUGAACAUAGCAUUCAUCGUCCUGGUGACCCUGGCCUACGUUCAUCCUAUCAAUGUCUUCCUGCAUUGCCGGCAGGAAAUCCAGAAGAAGGAAGCCCUGAAGUCUCCCGAAGUCGAAGUGCCUGAGCUGGGGGAGAAGGACAAUCAGCCAAGGGAAACUGAUAUCUGAGUCAGGCCCGUGUUUGGGCUGGGAGGGUGGGUGAGUGUGAGGGACCUGCAGGAGAUUUGACUCUGAGCAAAUUGCCAAUUUCUUGGAAACUGUAGUCCGUGUCCCAUUCUGGGAUGUUUGGGUUACAAGAUGAGCUCACCAUGGAGAUGACCGGACAGUAUUCCUUCAUUUUGGAUGGAGUUUCUGUUUAGUCGCAGAAGAAUGUCAGUGCUCCUUCUCGUCUUCCUCUCCAAUAUGACCAGCCUAUCCUCCUGCUCACCCUCCCUUUCCUCUCCAACCUCCUCCCUUCUGACUUUCUGCCUGUGUCCCCUCCAGCCACUUUUUCCGCCUCCUCCCAAGCACCGUCUCUUUCUCUCUCCCUUCACUGUCCUUCUUCUUUCCUCAUCUUGCCUUCUCCUCCCUCACUCCUGCCUCACCCUCCCCUUCCAAACUUCCUGUCCAGACUGCCAGUAAAAGUUACUGCUGGGUGAAGGUGCCACACCCAGCAUCCCUCAGGAAUGCGUUUCACUUUUAAACCUAUUAGUGUGGGGCCCAUACAAGCUAAGCUGCGUCUGGCUUCAAUUCUGUUCCUUUGUUCUUCUGUGGAAUCCCAGAUCCAUGGACAAACAUGUGGCUCCCACGUCAAAAAUGAUGCUUAACCCAACUAAGUUAGCAAAGUGCAAAGUCUGACUUUUCAGCCCAUCUGCUCCAUGUGACACAACAGCCUACUCUCUCAACCACUCUCGUUCACCGCCACUGACAAACCAUCCUGUUCCUUUCUCCUCUUGUGCUGUUUACCCAGCUUCUCCUUAAACAGGUAGACUGGACUCACCUUGCCCACUCUCUCUGGGAGUGAGUUCCACCUCCUCCCCAGUUUGUAGUCUGGAGUUUCUCCGGAAUUCCUGACUGGAUUUAUUGGUGACAGUCCCAUAUCACUGCCCCUCUUGGACUGCUGUCACCCACAAGUUGAAGUAUUUUCUGUGCAUCUACUCUGUCAAAUUCUUUUAUUAUUUCAAACAGCUCACUCAGUACAUGAAAUACAGAGAUGGAACUGUACACAGCUGACUCCCAGUGUGAUACAGAGACUGGGACUGUGCACAGUGACUCCCAGUGUGAUACAGAGACUGGGACUGUGCACAGUGACUCCCAGUGUGAUACAGAGACUGGGACUGUGCACAGUGACUCCCAGUGUGAUACAGAGACUGGAACUGUACACAGUGACUCCCAGUGUGAUACAGAGACAGGAACUGUGCACAGUGACUCCCAGUGUGAUACAGAGGCAGGAACUGUACACAGUGACUCCCAGUGUGAUACAGCAACUGGGACUGUGCACAGUGACUCCCAGUGUGAUACAGAGACCGGGACUGUACACAGUGACUCCCAGUGUGAUACAGAGACCGGGACUGUACACGGCUGACUCCCAGUGUGAUACAGAGACAGGAACUGUACACAGUGACUCCCAGUGUGAUACAGCGACUGAGACUGUACACAGUGACUCCCAGUGUGAUACAGAGACUGGGACUGUGCACAGUGACUCCCAGUGUGAUACAGAGACUGGAACUGUACACAGUGACUCCCAGUGUGAUACAGAGACUGGGACUGUACACAGUGACUCCCAGUGUGAUACAGCGACUGAGACUGUACACAGUGACUCCCAGUGUGAUACAGAGACUGGGACUGUGCACAGUGACUCCCAGUGUGAUACAGAGACAGGAACAGUACACAGUGACUCCCAGUGUGAUACAGAGACAGGAACUGUACACAGUGACUCCCAGUGUGAUACAGCGACUGGGACUGUGCACAGUGACUCCCAGUGUGAUAGAGACUGGAACUGUACACAGUGACUCCCAGUGUGAUACAGAGACAGGAACUGUACACAGUGACUCCCAGUGUGAUACAGAGACAGGAACUGUACACAGUGACUCCCAGUGUGAUACAGAGACAGGAACUGUACACAGUGACUCCCAGUGUGAUACAGAGACUGGAACUGUACACAGUGACUCCCAGUGUGAUACAGAGACCGGGACUGUACACAGUGACUCCUAGUGUGGUACAGAGACUGGAACUGUGAACAAUCAGUUCAAGUAUUGUCAAACCAAAGUUUGAGAGACAAUGCAUAUAAGCCCUCGGAUGUCUAACCCAUUGAGCACAGGUCUUUGUAAAAGAGGUACGCUUUAUAAAAAGACAUUUCUUUUGCACUUCUCAACAUCAGAAUGUGACUGAAACAUACCCAACCCAUAAAGUAAUCCAAAGUAAUAAAGUUUUGUAACAUAGCCUCUAAACUUGUGUACAGCAAGAUCCCAUGAACCUACCAAUGGCCAGACAGUCUGUGCUUUAAGAUGGCCAUGUUGUCUGAGGAGUUCAAACCAGACCCCCCAACCACCAGGGAAGUUCUUCCCUCCUCAAAUACCUUGAAGGUGGGAUCGUGUUCAUCCCAGACAGGGCCCCAGUUUAAUGUCACACCCCAGAGGACGCUUCCGAUGAUGAGAUUGGGUGUGGGAAAGUGAAUUGACUGAGGCCCCCCAUCAAAGGUAGGGAUGAGCACUGAACUGUUCCCACAGGAUGGGGGAGAACAAUGUGAGGUUUUAAUUUUGUAAAUAAUUCUCUGUCUUCGUUCUUUUUAUUUGCUUUGACUGGAAAGCAGAGUGAAUACUCACCUGCUUGGACACGACCCACUGACCAGGGACAGUGUCUGUCCUCAGUUCUCAAACAGGCCUCCAUGUGUCAGUAUUAACUGUGCCAAGAUAUAUUGCAAAAAGGGAACAUGUUUUCUGAAAAGACAAAAUAAAAUUUUUACAACAAUUUAA